AUGCCUACAAAGUUCCAAGUAAUUGUGAUAGGCGGCUCUAUCGCUGGCCUAACCUUGGCCCACUGCCUCGAUCACGCGGGGAUCGACUACAUAAUUCUAGAAAAACAGAAGCACAGUGAAGCAAUACCAGGAGCCUUCAUUACAGUUGCACCCAACGGAGCUCGAAUUCUUGACCAACUAGGACUGUACGAUGCUGUGAAAACAGUCAGUCAGCCUACCAGAUUGGCCCAUGUUAGCUAUCUUGACGGGUCUGUCCUCAAACAACAGUGGCCGAUCUAUGUCGAGCAAAGGUGUGUAGAGCGGUAUUUCUUGUUACUCUCGGGUCCUGAUACUUUUUUAUGCAGGUUAGGAUAUCCUUUCUGUACUAUGACUCGCCAACAGUUAAUGUACCUUCUGAUGACGAAGUUAAAAGACAAGUCAAAGGUCUAUUUGAACAAAAAAGUGGUUAGUAUCCACACAGAAGAUUCAGUGAUAUCUGUAUCGACGGCGGAUGGCGGUAAAUACUAUGGAGAUCUGGUUGUGGGUGCAGAUGGUGUUCACAGCAUCACCCGCUCGGAAAUGUGGCGAAUUGCCAAUAUUCAACGACCAGGUCUCAUCACCGGUGACAUGACCAAUUAUAGAUGCGUUUUCGGUACCUCAGACCCAGUUCCUGGUAUCAUACCGGGAGAACAAAUCAUGAAAUGUCAUGAUGGAUUAACCAUUAUCAUAUUUGGGGGAAAGGAUGGCUUGAUUGGUUGGUGUGCAGUCCAAAGAUUAGAUAAAACGCACCGAUAUCCAAAUAUCCCACGGUAUCUACAAGCUGAUGCUGUUUCCUUGUGCGAACGGCUCACGAAUCUCCCAAUCCGGAAUGAUCUGAGAUUCGGUAAUAUAUGGGAUAGAAGGAAGUCAGUUGUGAUGACCGCUCUGGAGGAGGGUCUUCUACAAACAUGGAAUUACGGUCGUAUCGUUUGCAUUGGUGACAGUGUCAAUAAAACAGCUCCAACGAUGGGGCAAGGUGCUAAUAUUGCAAUCGAGAGCGCCGCCGCCUUAGCAAAUGGGUUGCACGGUUUACUCCAGACAAGCCCCGACCAGAGUCCUUCCGAUGAAACGAUAAUCAGGAUACUUGACGCCCUCUCUCAUACCGUUUACUUGCGAUUCAGAACUAUGAGCGGAUUUUGCCAAACUGGAACUCGUGUCCUUGCGCGAGAAGGGAUCGUUUAUACUUUUCUUGGACGGUACAUCCUUCUUCGGUCCGACCAUCUCAUAGGCCUUUGGUUGUCUAAAAUCCUGGCAGCGGGUGUUACACUUGAAUACUUGCCACCAACUAUAAUGCGACAGAGUCACACCCAAGGACAUAAUGACCGGCUUUAUAAGAAUUUCUCUAUCUUUGCUUUAUUUUCAGUUGCGCUUUUGUGGAUAACAACCAAGGUAUUUUUUACAUAG